CACGUUUGGCAGUUUCUCCGUCGUAAUGAACGAAAUGUUAGAAGACGAGAAAUAUCCUUGACCAAACGAAUUAGAGUUGAUGAGCUGCAUCAAAGGUUCAAAGUAAAUGGUUCCGAUACAGAACAUGCCAAAAUGCUCCUGCGAAGACUUCGAAACGUUAAGAUCAUGCGAGCAUAUGUUGUAUCGUAUGUUGCUGGAACAUCAACGCUUCGCCAAUACGAAAUUGCUGAGCAAGUUGCCAGUGCAGGUUUAUGGAAGAUUUUUGCGGGUACUAAAAAAACGACGGGACAAAAAGUAGCCAUAUUUACAUUUGAAAAAAAGAUUAUAGACAAUCCUCUAAGGAAGAGUUAUGAUAAAAAGGAGACUGAAAAGGUUUACGCGGUUUUGAAAAGAGAGGCUAGUCAAUUGGCGCGACUUCGGCAUCCGUCAUUAUUAGAAGUUGUUGAAGCUGUUGAGGAAUCAAGAACAGUUAUUACAUUUGCAACUGAACCUAUUUUAUGUUCUCUUUCUAAUUUACUUGGGAAUUAUGAUAAUUUAUCUCCUGUUUCAGAUGAUAUUAAAAAUUUUGACAUGGAUGAACUAGAGAUUCAGAAAGGGCUGCUUCAAGUUGGAAAAGGUUUGCAAUUUUGUCAUAAUGAUGCCAAAAUUGUUCAUUCAAACCUGGUACCAGAAGCAAUAUUCGUAAACACAAAGGGAGACUGGAAAAUUGGAGGGUUUGGAUUUAGUACUUUUCUUACUAAUCCUGAUGCCUCCGUACCUUACGAAUACCCAGAUUAUGAUGUGCGAAUACCAAGUUAUGCGCAAAAAAAUCUUGAUUAUAUGGCACCGGAAUAUGUGUUGGAUGAGAAUCUUGAUUUUGCGAACGAUAUGUUUGCUCUUGGUUGUUUAAUAUAUACGGUGCAUAAUCAUGGCAAACCUCCAAUACAAAACCAUAAUAGCAUUCACACAUAUCGAAAAAAUAUAGAAAAUUUGUCAUCGAUUAGUUACGAACAUCUUCCCUAUCAUCUUCAUGAGGUUAUGUUUAAUCUCAUUACGCGGUACCCGUCCCAGAGAAUGACAGCAGUUGAAUUUCAGACGAGCAAAUAUUUUGAUAAUGUUCUAGUUUCAACCGUGAAAUUCUUCGAAAGUUUUCCCGAGAAAACCGCAGAUGAUAAGGCAAAUUUUAUGAAAGGUUUAAUUCGAAUUUUGCCACAAUUUCCUGAAAGGGUGUUGGUUCGCAAGAUUUUGCCUUCUCUUCUUCAAGAGUUAAAGGAUCAUUCACUUUUAGCCUAUACACUUCCUAAUAUUUUCUUUAUAGCGCAAAAAUUACCACCUAAUGAUUUUUAUGUCAUGCCAUUAAUUUAUAAUGCAUUGGAAACGAGGGUACCUGCAAUUCAAGAUAAAGUCCUUAAAGUUAUACCCACAAUUGCUGAUUCGUUAGAUAUUUCGACUGUUAAAGCUUCAUUAUUUCCAAGGAUUCAGAACCUGUUUGUCCAUACUACAAUAUUGUCCAUCAAAGUGACUACAUUGAUUUGCCUUCAAUCAUUAAUUAAAUUAUUAGAUAAUACGAAGGAGCCUUCCGUGAUGAUGGCUACCCUUACGGUGUAUGAAGAAACGGGCAAAUCUUCAGAAAAGGAUGUUAUUGCUACGGAAGUAAUACCACAAUUGUGGAAGUUAUCUGUAGUCCCGACAUUAAAUCUUCAGCAGUUUCAAAAAUUUAUGAACGUGAUCAAGGCAUUGUCCAUGAAAGUUGAGCAGGACCAUUCGCGUCAACUUCAGGACAUUAAGAAUAUUGAAGAUAAUACAAGAAAGUUUGAAGAAGGAGGGAAAGAUAAUGAUAGGAACAAUAUUCCCGUUGAUUUUGAAAAACUUGUUGGUUCAUCUGGAGGAAUGAUUAAUAAUAAUACAAGAAAUAGCAUCGGUAAUUGUUCUAUCGAAAUUCCACCUGAUCCUUUUGAUGCGCCGGGUAAUGGAUCGAUUUCUGGUAUAACUGCUUUAGGACCAUCUAACAUGAAUUCGAAAACAAAUAAUGAACAAAUGACACCAACAAUUCAAGCUGAUUUUUUCACAAGUAAUGGAGUCAUACCGUUAUCAUCAAAAUCUCGCAAUUCAUUAAGUUCAACGAACAUUUUUAUGGGAAGCCAAAAUCAGACACUGGCACAAUCCAUAAAUUCAUAUUCUACCAUAUCUGCAUCACCUUCACUUAAUAAAAUCCCAUCAUUACCACCACCAAAUUCUUCUUCGAAAGCAGGGACGCUUUCAUCAAUCUCUACUUCAUCAUCAUCAAUUUCAUCAAGUCUAUUUAAUUCAAUAGCAACUUCAACACCAAUGUCAACUUUUUCACAUCAAAAUUUUGGUAAUUCUAAUACAAUGAAUACGACACGUCCAUCAUCAUUUUCGAUGAAUAAUACCUCAUCUUUAAAUAAUUUAUAUACAUCCAAUACUACAAGUUCAACAGCUAAUAAUUUCAAUUCACAAAUUAAUUCGGUGUCUUUAAAUUCUUCAUUAUCAAAUAAUGACCAACUUAACAUGAUGAAGAACAUGAAUGCUAUGCCAUCAUAUAAUCCUGGAAGUAUACUUCAACCUAUAAGUUCAUCAAAUAAAUCAGAGUUUAAUAACAAUUCAG